GACCGAAACCUACCAUGGUCGAAUAGACUCGGACCCUGCGUCGUGAAAAGGAAAGCCAGCAUCCAUGAGUUCUGAACAUGGUCUUGAAAACAGUUCGGAGACAUCCGAGCCCUCUGACAGGUUAAGUUCUGUUGCGGAUAUUUCAAGUCCACCAAGUUCAACCGGAUUAAAACUUUCUAAUUGCACAUCUGAAUGGGAUAGUCGUUUUGUUGACAAACUUGGAAUCCGACAGAAAGAAGAAGACAUAUUCCGAAUUAUCUUAUCAGAAUGGUGUUUGGUUUUUUUGAGCGAAAAAGAACAAUUAGAUGUUGAGAAAUGCGUUGACGUCUGUGAUUUACAAUUCGAUUACGAAUCCUUGGAGAAUGUGCCUCUUCAACGACUCCAUGAAAGUGGAUGGGUACCGAGUUCCAAGCAAGUGGAACAGAUUAGAAACAUUCCAUUACUUAAAAAGUUUCUUAUGAAACUAGAUGAAUACAACUUCUACCUAGCACAAAUUAUCCGUGGAAGUAAAUCAAACACAGCAAUAUCUGAAGGCAAAUAUGAGACAUUGUUUGAGAAGCUCUUGCAAAUCUUUGGAUUUUACACUCUGAGCCAAUCAUUUAUAAGUAUUGAGAAAGCUUUCAUACAAGGAAGAAAUGUGUCCUCAAGAGCUGACAUAAUCUGUUCCCUAGAGAGACCAGCAUCAGAGAGGGCAGUUGUAUGUGUUUGUGAGGUAAAAAAAAACUUGCAACAGAAUGAUGCAGAAUCUUCCCCUCCAAAGAAGAAAAGAAGAUCUUCCUGCACACAAGAAGCUCAAUGUUCUUUCACUGGAGAUCAAGAUUGGAGGAUGCAACAUAUUGGAGAGCUUUUUGUUUACCUGGAUAAGUCUGUGAGACCUGAGGGGAUGCUUGGGUUCAUUAUUGAUAAGACUUGGGUACGAGUGACAUACCUUGCUGUUAAAGAGUCAAGUUGGAGAAGAAUUCAGAACACACCUGCUAAUGGAGCGGAAUCUGUUGAUUAUGAGGAAGGAGAGCACCCUAGAUUUUUCUACAGUAAACGCUAUAAUUUUCUAAACAGAGAUGAUCGCAGGGACUUAUUCAAAGCACUCUUACUUGUAAAGAAGAUGCAUGAAAUACAUGAGAGAUGAUUGUAAAAAAUCUUUUAAUCAUUCCUUUUGUGAAAUUGGAUAUUAUAACUGAUUUAAAAAAAAAAUUACUGAAUGUCAUAUCUUUCAAAAUUUGACAAUUGCACAAGCAGGUAGUUUCAGUUCAGGUGCAGCAAAGUUGAACUCGUCUAUUAGAUAUGUUGCGGUUGUUUCUCGUCCGUUGUCCCCAGCUUUUUGGUUCUAUUUUGCAAGUACCAGUUCAUGUAAAUGUUUAUCAAAGAUAUUUAAUGGCCAGUAUUGUUCGUAUUGUAAACCAGCAUAAUAUGAUCGCCAUACCUUGAAGUUUAACUCUUUUGUCAACAUUUCUAUUUUUUGGUCAGACUUUUUAUCAGAAAUGAUACACACAGCGAGGAACUCAAAUAAUCUUAAUUAGCCUAUUGAUUGUUAAUUUUAUUGAUUGUUAAGUUUAUUUAAAAAUAUGAUGUAAAUAUUUGCAGGAAUAAAAGUAUAGAAAAGAAACCCCUGCAAUGUUUUUAGCUCACCUGAGCCAAAGGCUCGAGCUCAAGUGAGCUUUUCUGAUCACAAUUUGUCCGUUGUCUGUCGUUGUCGGCGUCGUCGUUGUUAACUUUUCACAUUUUCAUCUUCUUCUCAAAAACCACUGGGCAGAUUUCAACCAAAUUUGGCACAAAGCACCACUAGGUGAAGGGGAUUCAAGUUUGUUCAAAUGAAGGGCCUUGCCCUCUUUAAAGGGGAGAUAAUUGAGAAUUAUUGAAAAAUUGUUGGUAUUUUUAAAAAAUCUUCUUCUCAAAAACUAUUCGGCCUGAAAAGCUUAAACUUGUGUGGAGGCAUCCUCAGGUAGUGUAGAUUCAAGUUUGUUCAAAUCAUGGUCCCCGGGGGUAGGGUGGGGCCACAAUUGGGGGAUCAAGUUUUACAGGAAAAUAUAGAGAAAAUCUUUAAAAAUCUUCUUCUCAAAAACUAUUAGGCCAGAAAAGCUCAAUUUAAAUUGGAAGCAUCCUCAGGUAGUGUAGAUUCAAGUUUGUUCAAAUCAUGGUCUCAGGGGGUAGGGUGGGGCCACAAUUGGGGGAUCAAGUUUUACAUAGGAAUAUAUAGAGAAAAUCCUUAAAAAUCUUCUUCUCAAAAACUAUUAGGUCAGAAAAGCUUAAUUUAAAUCGGAAGCAUCCUCAGGUAGUGUAGAUUCAAGUUUGUUCAAAUCAUAGUCCCUAAGGGUAAGGUGGGGCCACAAUGGGGGGAUCAAGUUUUACAUAGGAAUAUAUAGAGAAAAUCUUUAAAAAUCUUCCUCUCAAAAACUAUUAGGCCAGGAAAGCUCAAAUUUGAGUGGAAGCAUCCUCAGAUAGUGUAGAUUCAAGUUUGUUCAAAUCAUGGUCCCUGGGGUUAGGGUGGGGCCACAAUGGGGGGAUCAAGUUUUACAUAGGAAUAUAUAGAGAAAAUCUUUAAAAAUAUUCUUCUCAAAAACUAUUGAACAAGAAAGCUUAAAUUGGCGGGUAACCAUCCUCAGAUAAUGUAGAUUCAAGUUUGUUCAAAUCAUGGUCCCUGGGGGUAGGGCGGGGCCACAAUGGGGGAUACAUUUUAAUAUAUAGAGAAAAUCUCUAUAAAAUCUUUUUCUCAAAACUAUUAGGCCAGGAAAGCCCAAAUCUGAGUGGAAUCAUUUCCAAAUCGUAUAGAUUCAAGUUUGUUAAAAUAAUAGUCCAGUGGUAUGGUGAGGCCAUAGUGGGGGAUGAAUUUUUACAUAGGAAUAUAUAGAGAAAUUUUUUAAAAAUCUUCUUUUUAAAGACCAUUUGGCCACAAAAGCUUAAACUUGUGUAGAGGCAUCCUCGGGUAGUGUAAAUUCAAGUUUUUAAAAAUCACAGUCCCUAGUGGUAGGGCAGGGCCUUGAUGGCGAUUUGAAUUUUUACAUAGUAAUAUAUAGAGAAAAUCUUUAAAAAUAUUCUGGGAAAGUUUUCAGUUCAAAACUCAGUACUUUAUAGUGUGAAAGCACAGGUUAUGCAGAUAUAAGUUUGAUGAAACCAUGAUACCCUAGAGUAAAGUGGGGCCACAAAAUGGGGAGGGGGGGAUAUAUAGGAUUAGAGAAAAAUCUUCUUACAGGUACAACAACAAAAGGGGAUUGGUAUUUACCAAAAAAAAAGAGGUGGAUAAAAAUUGGCAGAAUUUUAAUUUUUUUUUUUUAGCACGAUCUACUGUACUUGGUUGUCAAGAUAUUUUGAUACUUUAAUGCUAAUUUGAUCAGAAUUAAGGCAAUUGUUGCUCAGGUGAGCGAUGUGGCCCCUGGGCCUCUUGUUUUGUAGUUAUCAUUUUUUUAAAAAUAAAUAAUUAAAAAACA